AUGUUCUUUUCCCAAGUACCAGACGAGAUAAUUCAACAUUUGCUCUAUUAUAUCCCCCCAGAAGACAACCUCUCUAAUUUCCAACUUGUCUCACAUCGCCUAAGGCAUCUGGCUAAUGAACCGCUUCUGUGGAAAUAUCAUUGUCGAAGCAAUUUUAGAUUCUGGCACCCCGAGCACAACCUGCGGCGUCGUUUAAAGGGUAGGGCGUCUGAUACACCGUGGAAGAAAUUAUUCAUCUUACGGAAGUUCCGCAAUGAACAGCUCAAACGCAUCCUGGGCGAGAUCCUUGUAACCAAAGUUGGCCGCCUAAAGCGAUAUGAAAAAGUUUGCCAACUUGGUUAUGACGCCAAAGAUUUUCUCCUCGAGCAGUGCAAAGCAGACGAAAAUGCCGAAGAUGUCUUGGCUCGACGAUAUUACAGUCAAUCCCUGCUGGAUAGUAUCCACAGAUCUAUCGCCAUUGAUGAGUGGUACAACAUUCAACUUGUGACCUCGACUCACAGUGGCCAACCACAGAGCCUUAGCCUUGAGCGCGCUCUUGGGGCAUUCGAUUUAUUCGUUCUGCACGACCAGCCCGGCGAUUUGGACGAUAUUAGCGAUAUUCUUGAUAAUUUGGCAGCCGAGUUUCUUGAGACUCAACCAGACAUUGGUGAAAUGUCAACGCGACAAAAGGCACUGGAGUUAAACCGAUGGCUCCGAAUGAAUAACCUCACAGGUUUGCGGAAUCCUGAGACAAGUUAUCGAAAUCUCAGAAAUUGUCUCAUCGGCCAAGCUCUGCGCCAUGAAGAUCACGACUCGAUUCCUAUCAUCUCGAGCGCCAUCUUUUGCUGCCUCGCUCAGCGCUUGGGUAUCGAAGCACAAUGCUGCGCAUUUCCAACUCAUGUACAUGCUAUAGUGCUUGCAGAGAAAGGAAAAACUCUGGACAGCGCCCCUGUUGCAGAGGACCAUGCACCUCCAGAGAGGAUGUACUUAGAUCCCUAUGGCUCGAGUGAGGAGAUCCCUCUGGCUGAUUUACAAGCUUUGCUGUCCCGUUUUGGCUGGCAGUCGAGCACCGAUACCUUCUUGUCUCCCGUAAACCCUGUCGCCAUUGCCAUGCGGACAGCGCGCAAUAUCAGAGCCACUGCUGCCAGGGUGAUUGGCGCCCACGAGCAGGCUGACCCCGAACUUACCAGACUCAUCACCGGCAAUGAUCCAGCCAAUAUCGAGGCUUCCCUCUACUCCGCACUCUGGGCGUCUCUUCUUCUUACACCAGUCGACUCCUUCGAAUGGGACGAGGUUUUGGAGCCUUUCCUUAACCGAUUUGCAAAGAGCUGGCACGUAGAUGCCUGGCUUGUCGAGAAGUACAUAUUCCCUUUGUAUGAUCGCUUUGGCCCCUUUCGUGAGAGAUUCAUGAGGAACAAUCCCCGCAGGUGGGAAGACCCUCAUGAGGUUUUAGGUCUUGUAGAUGAGUUUGAUGAGGUUCCACCGCCGGUUUUCCACAGGAACAACGCGCGAACCCAAAAUGUGCUCUACAAGAUUGGGCAGGUCUUUAGACACCGACGAUAUGGCUGGAUCGGUGCUGUUAAUGGGUGGACCGACCAGGGUACGAGGCGUUUGCCCAUGCCACACACCGUGGCUAUUGACGAGACGCUGGACGAUAACAGCGAUACAGAAUUACCUAACCGGGUGCGUCCCCGAAACCAAACAUUUUACACAUGCCUACGCACAAUAGGCCCUGAGCGGCAUGUUGUUGCAGAAGACAAUAUUGUGCUGAUUCGGGAUCCGAGAGAGGUCCCAGAAUCUUUGUUUCCUCAGGCUGGGAAGUUCUUCAAGAGAUUUGAUGCUGAGACUUGUACCUUUGUGUCCAACAUUACAGAGCAGUACCCGGACGAUUAA